ACCUCCGAGUUUUUCAUUCAUUCUUCAUUUCUGGUUGCUCUUCUAAAGGUUUCAGUUCAGACAUGGACAAAAAAGUCUGGGUGAUUCUCGCUUCGGCGAUCCUCUGUCAAUGGACGCACGCCCUUCCGGUUCCUGAGGAGGAUGACUCACUCAUCAGUAACAGAACCGAAACAUCGAUGACGGCAGGUGAAGAAAAAAAAGACGGAAAAGCAAUCUCACCUGUUUCAAGGCUGCCGACAUCACCAGUAGACCUUCUACGGCCUGAUAAAAUAUCCUUCUACACAUUCGACAGCAACGGGCAGGUGGUGCUGAAGCGGAUGACUGAGAAGGAGAUCCAGAGUCUGAUAGCCGCCGGAGGCGGUCAAUUACCAGUAGCUAUUUCCGAGCCGCAGAAGAUAAGCGCGUCAACUGGAACAAAGAUUUCCGAUGUCGUCCAAAAUGUCCAAAAAGUCCUGGAAGGAGAACUGAACAAGCCUCCCCAGGAGAUGACAGCCAUGCCAACAAUUCCCGGGCACGCAAAUUCAGAAUGGAGCAGCAUCUUACCUUCAAUUCUCUCCGGAGAUUCCGACUCCGAGCCAAUUCAAUUCGUCGAAGACUCUGAAAUCAUUGAAGAGUCUGAGAAACCGAUGAUCCAAGUCCCGGUGAUCACCAUUGAGGAACCGGUCCACCAGUACGAGACUCCAGAAGAGAAGCCAGUCUUCCAGAUCCUCAACACUAUUCCUGCCGACAAAUUCAACCAAGAUAAUCAAAAUUUACCUUCUGAAGUAAUAAUUCCCGUUGAAGCUAAGCAACCUCCUGAAGAAAGUAAGAAUGAUACCUGGAGCGUGGUCUCCGAGACUCAUUCAACUUCCGUAAAGGUCUCCGGGCAAGAUGAGGUCAAGAUCCACCAGAAAAUUCCUCCAGAAGUUCCAUUUAAGGAACAAGUUAAGCCCACUGAAGCUUCCACGUCUUUAGCUCCAGUUUUGACUACUCUAAAAAUCACGACUAAGGCUCCUGCUUUUGAUAGUUCUACAACGGAAAAAUCUCACCUGGCCAAUGAAGUGUCUUCAACAGCUGCAACGCCAGCCAGUGAAGAAACUCCGCAGAAAAGUCAGACAGAAGCGCUACCAACAGAACUUACUGAUUCGAUUACUAGCAUGAUCAACCAGGUUUCUGAUGUUCAUCCUUCGAUGAUGAUGGACGAAAAGUCCAAGGUACCUGAAGCUGGCUCUGGAGAUGGUUUGAUUGAUGCUGCUGAAGCCUUGGAAAGCACUACUCCGGUUAUUAAGAGUGUUACUACCACAGAAAAGGCUGAAAUUGAUGAUUUUGAAUCAAAAACUGAACCAGUUUCUAAAGCUGAAACUUCUACGUCUAAAAUUGAAGUUACAACAUUAAAAAUUGAACCUUCAACACCAAAAAUUGAAGCUUUGACAAAAAUAGAGUUUUCAACAUCAAAAAUUGAAGUAUUAGAUUCAAAAAUUGAACCUUUAGAGCCAAAAACUGAAUCUUCAACAUCAAAAAUUGAAGUAUUAGAUACAAAAAUUGAACCAACAACAAAAACUGAAUCUUCAACAUCAAAAAUUGAAGCUUUAGAACCAAAAGAAGCAACAACAUCAGAAGAACUUACUACCAUAACUUCAAAAAUUGAAUUAUCAACAGAAAAAACUACUCCAAAGCCAGAACCAGAAAAAACAUCAAUUACAUCAGAAUUGAAUGCAGUAUUAUCAACAGAAACUUAUCAGGACAUUACAGAGAAGCCAAUUUUAAGAAUAAACAUCACCGAAACAAAACAAGACCUAAAGAUUCCUUCAAAUGUCUCAGUGACGGAAUCAACAAUGGUGCGAAUAAAGCUAACUGAUCCUUUGAACAAGGUCCAUGAAAUUUUAGAGUCUUCGGCAGUGCAGCCGACUACUCCAGAAGUAGAACCCCUAGCACUUCCAACAACUGAAGUGUCUGCUAAUGGACUUGCUAGUGGGCUGAUUGCUGGGUUCACAGAGCCUCAGGGAACCGAGAUGUCUAUGGAGAUGAUCCAAUUCGACCAGCUUCCUAUGAUCAGUGUCUUAAAGCUGGAGAAUUCAUCCCAAGCUUCAACAGAAACUGUGCCUAAAGUAGAAUUGGUUACAGAAGCUGAUCCAGAGUCCAAGACACCAGAGCCACAAGUUCGGAAGGAUCAGAAGAAAGAAACUAGUUUGGAGAAGACUGUAACCAGUGCAACAGAAAAGGAGCCAGAAAGGUGGACGCUGAUUCCCCAAACGAGUCCUAAGCCUAAAGAACCUGUUAGAACUGAAGCUCCACCCACUGGGAAAAGACCCAGUGUUAUGCAACCCAGCAUUCCUGGAAAGCCAGAGCCUCCAAGGUCACCAGAUCCACCUUCUCAACACAUUCCGCUAGAUCAUUCCAAAACUACGCCUGGUUUGGAUUCAAGUGUCUUGAAUUUAGAGCCAGAUGUAUUGUAUUUUUCCAACUUGUGCAAUGACCUGGCAUUCAAUUUGUGGUCAGCGGUGAACCAGGGACUCAGCAAGUCAAGAUCUCUUGCAGUUUCACCCUUUGGAAUGACCAGCUUGCUGGCGAUGAUCUUCCUUGGUGCCAGAGGCCCCACUUCCAAUCAAAUGAAUGAUGUUCUGAAGCUGGAUGACAUCACGACCUUCAAUCCUCACCUGAUCUUCCAGAAUGUCACUGACUCAGUUGCCUCCAGGCGGAACCAGGGAAUCGCCAAUGCUGUCUUUGUCAGAGAGCUGUUCGCUGACAAGCUCAAGGUCAACAAGCUGAUGACCUUCUACAAGGAACAGGCCCAGAAGUUUUACGAUGGGAUCGUUGCGGAGGUUAAUUUCUCCUUUGUCAGCAACGCGGUCAAGCGCAGGACUAAUUUGCUGAUCAGAAAGCAAACUGGUGGACGGAUCAGGGAGUUUGUCAAGGACAACAAUUUGGUUCCGCUCAGGUCGCCUUUGGCUGCUGUUUCUGCUAAUGUCUUCCAGACGGAUUGCAGCUCUGGUAAUGCGACUUCUGAAGGUCGUGAUGGAGAACUGUACUUCGCAGUGGCGCCUACUGUUAAGCUGAGGAAGCUGGUGCCAGUUCCUGCUACGCUUUGGAAGGCUGGGGUUCUUGCUGGGUAUGAAACUAGUCUUGAUGCCACGGCAAUUGCUCUAGGAGGGCUUGAUAAAAUGGUCUCCGUGAUAUUUGUGAUUCCUGGAUCGCAAGGUGGGUUAGCUACUGGAGAUAACUUGGAGAAACUUGAGGGUAGGAUUGUUAAUGGUGCUCUGCAUGAUGGCGCUUGGAAUAAACUGCUCAAGGUGAUUAUUCCAAGGCCGGGUUUGGAGCUUCAAAUGAAUUUAUUCAGCACUUGCGGGGAUGAAAAUUUCCUAGCAGGCAAGCACCACGAAGAAGUCUACCCGGCUAGCUCGCAAAGAAACGCGCGGUCUGAAGAAAUCACCGAAGAAAAUUCAACGAUCGGUCAAGAAAAAACUGAUACUUACUACGAAAGCGAGGCAGAACGGAUAGCGCGCUUCACUCGUCAAGUCGACAAUGAAAAGCCGAGGUUAAAGCUUGAUAGGCCGUUCUUGUACUUCGUCAGACAUAACCCCACUGGAUUAAUACUCUACAUGGGUCGCUUUAAUCCGCGACUCAUUUCUUAA